AAAGGUGAAGAACAAUACACUCUAUUUUCUCACUACCCACCAACUGCACCAACCGAAUCUCAAACACAAAAUCAUUUUUAGCAAAGACAACCUUAAUUUUUACGCAAAAAGAUUCGAUUUUUAAGGACACCCAUUUCUUGAAAUUCAAGAAUAUUGAGGUUUCAAAUGGAGGGGUUGAUGAAUUUUCAGGCGAAUUCUGCUGGUGCUGUCUCUAAACAGCAACAAAAUUCGGUACUAGUUCCUGCAUUUUCUCCAAAAGUUACUACUAAUACAAGAAUUUCACUUCAACGAAUUGGAAUGGUGAGAAAUUCCAAAUUGUUUAAUUCAUUUGUUGCUUCAGUUCAGCCCCUUGAAGCUUUUGCUGUAACCCCUUUUGACAAUACUUUGCCAUCUAAAGAGGUUCUUGAUGUUUGGCAAAAUGCAAAUGCUGUUUGCUUUGAUGUGGAUAGCACUGUGUGCAUAGACGAGGGCAUAGAUGAAUUUGCGGAGUUUUGUGGUGCCGGAAAGGCUGUAGCGGAGUGGACUGCUAGGGCAAUGAAUGGGUCUGUUCCUUUCGAAGAAGCUUUGGCCGCUCGUCUGUCUCUUAUUAACCCUUCAUUGAAACAACUCCAGGAUUUUCUUAAGAGACCUCCACGACUUUCUCCUGGCAUUGAUCUAUUGGUCAAGAACCUGAAGGAUAAAAAUAAAGAUGUUUAUCUGGUCUCUGGAGGGUUUCGUCAAAUGAUCAAUCCUGUUGCAUCAAUCCUUGGUAUCCCGCUUGAAAAUAUCUUUGCCAAUCAAAUACUCUUUGGGAGCAAUGGCGAAUAUGUUGGAUUUGAUAAAAAUGAGCCAACUUCAAGGAGAGGCGGGAAAGCUACUGCAGUUCAACAAAUAAGAAAGGCUCAUGGAUACAAGUCACUAGUGAUGAUUGGUGAUGGUGCUACUGAUCUUGAGAUUUUGCCCUUCUCUCCAAUUUUUGUUGCAGGCUCGUAUGCCAGGUGGUGCGGACUUGUUUGUUUGCUACGGAGGAAUUCAACUACGAGAAUCAGUUGCAGCUAAAGCUGAUUGGCUGGUGUUCAAUUUUAAGGACUUGAUUAAUUCAUUGGUAUAAUGUGCUGCUAUUGCAUCUUCACUCAUCUAUAUUUGUUAUUCGGGGCUUAUGCAGCUUUAAUUUUUUGUAUUGAUAUCACUUUUACAAGGUACGCAUAAAUGUACCUGAUCUCAGAAACUGAAAGUUCGUAUAAUUGGAAUCUAAGCCCUCAUUUGCAUUGCCA